AGCUUGCACCACCAUCCUCAGCUUCGAUCCACAACCCACUAGCGCAUUCGAUCCUUCAUCCUCAAAAUCUUCCGACUUUCGACUUUUCGAUCACCCGGUUCGGCAUCACCGUCUUCGCUUUCGUCGGCGGCGGAUCGGCGAUCCCUUGGUUUUCCUCGAAUGAAUCAUCACGGUUCUUCGCUGCUGUGGCCGGAGUCCCUCGGACCCAGGCCGGAUGGAGUCGGGUACGCGGGCGGUGAGCCGGUGGUGCCCAGCGCCGCCGGACCGCCUCCUUUCCCGUGCUCCGACUACGCCCCCUACGCCUUCGGAAGCGGCAGCCCGUGCGGGGAGAACUACGGCUUCGGCGACGCGGACAGCCAGUUCUACUACCACGGAUGCCGCCCCUGCGACGGGGACCAGUCCAUCGACCCGUGGCUGCUCGCGCUGAUGGAGGACCUGCGGGAGCUCUACGUGCGGCGCCGGCACCAGUUCCAAGAGCUGUUCCCGAAGCUGCACGACGAGAUCGAUCGGAAGCUCGAGGACGCCCUCCGGUCGAAGAGGACGAGGGAGGUGAGGGCGCUCCAGAGGAGCUUGAGCGUGGGAUCGCCCCGGCUGCCGGGCAGGGACGGAGGGGUAGGGGACGAGCCGGCGUUGAGGCUCGACAGGUUUAAGGUGCGGACGGUUGAUUUGGAGGAAGACGAUUUUGUUGAGGGCGGCGGUCAGGGUGGUAAGGGCGGCGUGGCCUCCGGCGGCGGCGGAAAGAAGGGAGGCAAAUGACGGAGAUGAACAACGAAAAAAGGAAGAAGCAUCUGAAUCGGGCGGAUAUCUCAGAAUAGUUUGCUAAACAGGAAUUAUCUGAGAAAUAAUUUCUUCGAUUGAUUGAUUCAUUUAUUCAUUCAUUCUUUUUCUAA